AUGUCCAAGAAUCAACUGCCUUAUUGGACUUCGCAGUUGAGAUUAGCUUAUAGAAACUCUUCGCGGCAACGACGAUUCACUUACAAGCAGAAUGCGGCCAGGAUUGAUCGAGAUCGAGCUGAGUAUAUAUACAGGGCAGAAAAUAAGCAAUUGAAACAACAUGAAGUGUUACUGCCUUCAAAAAUAGAGUCUUUGUCCGUGGCAGAGCUGCAGGCGGUUUUGUGCAAAGAUAUUGCUGGGAAUAAAGGUUCAGAGCUGCGAUUUGUGCUGCUCAAUACCAAAAAGUCCCGAGAUCGUGAAAUUAAAAACUUGACAUCCCAUCGAAAUUUGUUCAAAAACCGCAUUGCCUCCACGUACACGUUUCCAAAUAGUCCGAACGAGAACGGCGUUUACCUGAACGACAGCCAGGAAUGGAAUAUUACGUUAAGACUUCCAACUUCUGACAAUACACAUAUACAAGUUUUAUGGCCAUCUAUGGAGCUUUCUCUUGCAUGCAGAGCGAUCGGGGUUUGUGAUCGCGAUAUAUACAAUGAGUUUCAAGAUAAAACCGUUUGCCAUCCGGUGACGGGUGACCCAAUGCCAAUCUGCUUCAUUCCUACUGGAAUCCCCACCAAGGCGCCCUUCACAGCAUUGGCACCACAGCUGAAUUCGUCUGUAUGCGAGCCUGCUGUUCGUGAACUUCUCCCACUUGCAGUGAUUCCAUCACGACGCUGUACCACAAAGGAGGUCAAAAAAGUUAGGGAAUUUUGCGUUGAUAGAACAUUUCUGGAAAAUAGUGAAAGAACACAUCCCAUGAUUUUAAGCUCCGCCAAAGGCUUUAAAAGUGACUUGAAACGCACGUCACAGUUACUGAAAGCUCUCGAAUCAGGUUCAUUUUUUUCCACAGGAAGUUUGAAAAAACGCAUGUGCACUACAGACAUUUUGCGAGCAACCGUACUGUCUAACAAUAUAACAGAAGAGCAGUUGAAAGCAGAGUACUGUAAAAUUUCAAUUCUUUACAGCAUCUUCGAGAAUUUGCGGAGAAUCAAGAUCCGUGUCGAGAACAUCGAAGCUGGUACUGGACAGCAGUCACUUACUUCAUGGGACAUACAAAUUCUUAAAGAUUUGCGCGAACUCAAUCAGUGUCGGAUAGAUUCUAACGUAGACGAUUUGAUAAAAAGUAAAGAUCGGUUUGACGAGUUCCUAUCUCGUCUUAACACUUUUAAUGUGAUUAUCAAUGCGGAAUUACGAAGCGCGGCCAAACGGUCACAAAAACCUGAUUUCGACCGUCAAAAUUCCAUGGUUCAAGUGCUGAGCGCACUUAUUUCGAGUUGUCGGAUAUUACCGGCCUUAUAUCCCAAUAUGUCUUUCGAGAUGGAGCGCUUUACACAAGGCAUCAAACCAAUAACGUUUAACAGUCAAGAAAACGAGAAGGCAGAAGAAGGAUCACGUAUUAUAAAUACUGUAAAGGCUAUUUUGGAUUUUGAAAGCGAUGUGGUGGGAAACGAAAACACGCCGCGUGAUCACAAACUGGUGCUGCUGGUCGCCCAGCCCCUGCCGGCGGAAGUUGCACGUUUGUUUCAAUUCAGUACAAAAUUGGAGCUUCAGAUUACAACUUCUUUGGAUGCUGUGCGUAAGGUGAGCAAUUCUGAAUGCAUUAUGAAAAGGAAUAUUGACCACGACACUAACAUCUACCUGUACGAGGCGAAGCGAUUGAAACUGAAUGUUGCCGAGUUUCUGGAGAAGUCGGCCGCUAAUUAG